AUGAGUUUUAUGUUUAAACCGGCGACUACAACUACUGCGAGCACUUUUGGCUCCAGUACAUCGUCAGAAAACAAACCCAGUAUUUUCGGCAGCCCUGCCAGUAGUACACCGGCCUUCGGUUUCUCAAUCGGAGCAAAAACAACAGCCUCGACAAACUUAUUUGCUUCAACGCCAACAACAAGUACAACAUUUGGUGUGAGCAAGCCUUUAUCGUUUGGGGGCUUCACAUCACCUCCGGUACAAACCGUUGGUUCACCAGGAUUCGGAUCACCCCAAACAACUAAUGCGGAACAGAAGCCAGCAUUCACACCCACACCGGCGUUUGGGACGAACACGACGCAGGCGUCCAGUUUCGGGUCCAACAGUUUCGCACCCCUGUCUACGUUCAACUUCACUACGCCGUCCUCAGGAUUCUCGGCACCACAAACUACGAGUGCCCCACAGACUAGUCAGCCAACAGCCGGUUUCGGGCAGUUCGGUUCGAAGCCGUACAGUUUCGGAGCUGCCGCUACCACUGCGCCCGCAACACAAACAACUCAAGCCAAUGUUUUCGGACAAGCCCAAAGCUUUCCAUCGUCUUUCACUGCGACCACACAGACCCAAUCUACAACACAAUCAACAUUCGGCAAUCAAUCAUUCGCAACAGGUCAACCAAGCUUCGGUAAUCAAGCUCAAACAAGCCCGUUCGGUGGCGGCUUGAAUUUCACCAAACAAACCAGCCAAUUCGGCCAAACUCAAGCGCCUAAUAUCUCGUUUGGUACAACAACGCAAACUACUCCAGCCUUUGCGUCAGUACAAACGUCGAGUCAGAGCCAAAAUCAGCCAGCGUUCGGCCAAACGACGCAAGCACAACCGGCAUUCGGCCAAACCUCUCAAGCACAACCAACAUUCGGCCAAACCUCCCAAGCACAGCCAACAUUCGGCCAAACUUCCCAAGCUCAGCCAGCAUUCGGCCAAUCUACUCAAGCACAACCGGCAUUUGGCCAAACCUCCCAAGCGCAACCAGCAUUCGGCCAAUCAACACAACCAUCAUUAUCUUUCGGUCAAACCUCCCAAUCUGCUCCAACGUUUGGUCAAACAACGCAAGCCCAAACAACACAAUCGUCAGCAUUCGGUCAAACAACACAAAGUUUGGCUACUACAGCAAAAACAACACAAUCAAUGUUCGGCCAAACAUCUACAUCACAGACAACUCAAGCCAUAAGUUUCAGUACAAGUCUUUCUACUGCACAAGCCACUAGUGCAUCGGGAAUAUCGACUAGCGGUUUAGGAAUAUCGACUAGUGGUUUAGGAAUAUCGACCAGUGGUUUAGGAAUAUCGACCAGUGGUUUCGGGCUCACAACUAGCGGAACGGGAAUAUCGACUAGCGGUUUGGGAAUAACAUCGAGUUUAGGAGUAUCGACUGCUACAGCGGGAAUCACUACUAGCAGUUUGGGAAUAUCCACUAGCGCACUGGGAACUACUACCACGAGUGGUAUUUCUUUGACCGGUGGUUUAUCGUUCGCCAAAACAACAACAGCAACUUCAACGACCCCAUCUGGUAUAACGGCGUUGGGUAAAACUGCUGCAAGUGUAAUGCCCCCUACAACUGUUUCCCAAGCUCCACCCGCGGCGAUAACUUCAAUAAAUUUCGCGGAACUUCAAGAAAAUAUCAAUAAAUGGAGUUUAUCUUUAGAAGAACAAGAAAGAGUUUUCUACAGACAGGCGACUACACUUAACGCUUGGGAUAGACUAUCAGCUAGUAAUGGAGAAAAGAUCUUAGAACUCAAUAAUGCUAUAGAAACACUCAAGAAUGAGCAACAGAGUUUAGAACAUGAAUUGGACUUUGUUGUAGCUCAACAGAAGGAAUUAGAAGAUAUAUUGACACCUUUAGAGAAGAAUAUAGUAGAUGAAAGGGUUAGAGACCCAGAGAGGGAACAUAUGUAUUCUUUGGCGGAGACUUUGGAUACACAGCUACGACAAAUGUCUGAAGAUCUAAAGGAAGUGAUUGAACAUCUCAAUGAGACUAAUAGAAAUCCGGAUAAUAAUGAUCCAAUUGUACAAAUCGGUCGUAUCCUAAACGCCCAUAUGUCUUCAAUGCAAUGGAUUGAUAGUUCAAUAGCGCAGAUAACAACUAAAUUAGACGGACUGCGAGCGACGCACGACGCGCUGAGGAAAGAUAAUCAGAGAUCAUUCCAAUUAACAUAUAACUAA